AAAAAAAAUAACAACAUUUUCUUCACACCUUCAGCACAGACUCGUGUAAAACCACAUCCCUUGGAAGUAAAUUAAACAUAACACUCUCCCUCUCUCUCCCUGCCUCUCCCUCUCUCUCACUGCCACUCCCUGCCUCCCCCAGAGCUCUGAGAACACCUACGGCUUCGAGACACCCAAGCUUGGAGAACACCUACGGCUUGGAGACACCCAGUAAGUCAGCCUGUAAACACCUGUGGCAGUGCUUCUUCAGAUUGACUCAAGCUUCUGGGAAUUCUACGGAUGCUGUCUUCUCCCUUGGAGCUAAGAUUGGGUCACAGCAAGAAGGAUGGUGAGGUGAGGCAGGCCAGGCUCAACUCAAGGAUGCAGCCAGAAUUUACAAGGAUGCCAAGUAGGAGAUACCCAGUAAGUCAGCCUGUAAACACCUGUAGCAGUCUCCCUGCCCCUCCCUGCCUCCCCCAGAGCUUGGAGAACACCUACGGCGUGGAGACACCCAGUAAGUCAGCCUGUAAACACCUGUGGCAGUUCUGUGUUGAGCAUCACGCCUUCUUCAGAUUAACUCAAGCUUCUGGGAAUUCUGCAGAUGCUGUCUUCUCCCUCAGAGGAGGAUUGUGGAAAGUGCACAGGACACACCAAGACUGGAGAACACUAAGGCAAAACAUUUUUCGAUCAAGUUCUAUGACGUUAGGGGGUCGCAGCUCCUCCCCCCACAGCACCAGUUCAGCCUCGCAUCCCCCCAUUACCACCACCACCACCACCACCAGGGUACAAGGAGAGAGUCCCAAGUCCCUCCAGUCAACUACUACUACUACUACUUCUGGUGGUCAUGACUAUUGGGUGUUGAGAAGGGCCUCCAGUGUGGAUAGUCAGUUGUCGGUGGACUCCAGGGCUCACAGAUCAGGCAGCAGCAAGCCUCAGUGGGCCCAGGUCACAGUGGGUCACACUCAGGUCAGAGGUCACAUGGCCACAGUGCACGACCUGACACACAAGAGUGGGUACCACCCUUCAGGUGUGGACACGGAGGUUGACUCCCUCCACCACCACCACCACCACCACCACUCGGCUAACAAGAAACAACAUCACAAACACCGUAACUCCAGUGAUUGGAAGGCUACCCUCCCCCUGUGGAUGGAGAGAGCCCUCCCCUCCAUACACGCCAUCCACGCACUCCAAGAACCAUACACUUCCGAAGGGCUGCAGUAAGGUUUUCUUCAAAUAUGAGGCCCAGGAUGGUGGGAGUGGGGGCAAUGUGUGGCCCCUCUCCCCUCCCCCUCCCCCUUGGCCCUGAGGAGGAGGAGGAGGAGGAGGAGGAGGAGCAGCAGCAGCAGCAGCAGCAGCAAUGUGAUGCCAACUGUUCUUGGGUCAAUAAUGUUUGUUUGUUUGUUUGUUUGUUUAUCUGUUUGGAAAUUAGUUUUGUGAGAGAGAGAGAGAGAGAGAGAGAGAGAGAGAGAGAGAGCAUUACGAAAGGAGAAAAUAAUUUAAUAUAUCAGUGGAAAGAGAGAGAGAGAGAGAGAGAGAGAGAGCAAAUCUAUUUUCAUACAUGUAUUUAUUGUAUAAUGUAAAAUUCUCUCUGUCUGUCAGUCUGUUUGUAUGUAUGUCUGUAUGUAAACACACAUACACACAUACCCAAUGUACUUGUGUGUGUGUGUGUGUGUGUUAAUGUAAAAAGUUAUAUUGAAAAUUUAAGUAUAUUCUUAAGUUUAGAUUUAAGUAAGUUAUGUUUGUCUGUGUGUAAGUGUUAGUAGUAUAUAAGUAAUUAGAGAGAGAGAGAGAGAGAGAGAGAGAGAGAGAGAGAGAGAGAGAGGUACUUUAGUGUAAUGGAAGUAGAAAAAUCACUAUAUUCUUUUUUUAAACAAAUUUUUUGUACCAACAAACUUCAACAGGUUAAUUAUUUUUUUUGGUACAGCCUAUAGAAUUAGAAAAAAAUUGUAUACAUAGGCUGAAAAAAAACUUUAGGUAGGCCUGUUUUUUCAUUUUCUUUGCUCUUUGUUUGUUUGUUUGUUGCUUUUAACUUGAAAUUUGUUUGUUUGUUUGGUAUAUUUUAUUUAUUUUAUUUUAUUUAUUUAUUUAUUUAUUUUUGCUUGAUUUUUCUUUUUUGAAAUUGUCAUAAUUUUUUUUCUUGUUUAUCUUUAUUCCUUGUUUUGUUUUAUUACUUUGCUGUUUUCCUUCUUUUCUCUGCCAUUUAUUUUAGUUAUUUAUUUUUUUGAGGGGGCUUUAUUUUUGUUUACUAUAUUUUUUAAUUUUCUAUUUUUUUUAUUUUUAUUUUUGUUUUGCUCUAUUUUUUUCCCUUUAUUUUCUACAUUAUUUUUUCUUAUUUAAUAUUUUUGUUCAUUUUCUCAUUUCAAUAUUUUCUUCAUUUUUUUCAAUUUUUUUCAUUAUUCAGUUUUUUAUAUAUUUUUUUGCUGCUUUUUCUUUUAUUUUCCUUCUCUUUUUUUUCUAUUGCAGUGACCUAUAUUUGUUUGUUUGUUUACUGUUUAAUAUUUUUGUUUAUUUCAUUAACUUAUUUUUUAUGAAUUGCUGUUAUUUGUUUGUUUCUAAUUAUAUUUGCUUCAAUUUGCUUGUGUACUCCUCUCUCUCUCUCUCUCUCUCUCUCUCUCUCUCUCUCUCUCUCUCCAUUUUAAUUUUUUUCUUUAUCAUUUAUCAUCUUUUGUUUUCAUCAUUCUCUCUCUCUCUCUAGGUCAAUAAAAUAGCAGUUACCAUAUACCUUUAUUGAAGAGUACACACACACAUAUAAAGGGGUGGGGGUUGGCUGUGGGGGGUGACUGUGGGUUUGUAAGCAUACUGUGGGGCUGAGAGAGAGAGAGAGAGAGAGAGAGAGAGAGAGAGAGAGAGAGAGAGAGAGAGAGAGAGAGAGAGAGAGAGAGAGAGAGAGAGAGAGAGAGAGAGAGGGGCCCACACA